GAUCCUCCAGGCCGGCUAGAACUGAGGUCUCGGGUUCGAGUCCGCCUUUUCACUUUGUGUCAGACUCUGCGAGGGUGGGAGAAGGGAUUUGGGUCGAGACACUCGGCCCCGGCCCCCUGGCGGCUGGGGGGACCCCGGAAUCCCAUCGAAGUGGCGGGUCACUUCCUGCUUCCUGGUCCCCACGGUGGCUUCGUGGCCGGGACUGCGGGUGCAAAGAAAGAAAAUUGAAGUCAAAGACCAUGGGAGAUGCAGCAAAACCUUAUAUUGUGAAGCGCAGUAAAGAUCGAGGACCUGUUGAUGAUGAUGAUUUCAGAAGGGGUCACCCCCAACAAGAUUAUUUAAUAAUGGAUGAUUAUGCUAAAGGCCAUAGCAGUGAAAUGGAAAAAGGCCUUCCGAAAAAAAAGCUAACUCCUGGGAACUAUGGGAAUACCGCGAGAAAAGGAUCAUACGCUGUUUCCAGCAAUCCAUAUGCAUUUAAAAACCCAAUUUACAGUCAGCCCACUUGGAUGAAUGACAACCACAAAGAUCAGAAUAAGAGGUGGCUAUCUGAUGAACUUACUGGUAAUUCAGACAAUUGGAGAGAGUUUAAACCUGGACCUAGAAUUCCUAUCAUAAGCAGACCAAGGAAAGAUGCCUUUCAAGAAAGUGAAGAUGGUUACAGGUGGCAAGAUGGAAGAGGCUGCAGAACUGUAAGAAGACUGUUUCAUAAAGACCUAACAAGCCUAGAGGCCAUGUCAGAAAUGGAAGCAGGAAGUCCUGAAAACAAGAAGCAGCGGUCCAGACCCAGGAAACCAAGGAGGACUAGAAAUGAGGAAAAUGAACAGGAUGGAGAGUUGGAAGGCCCUGUGAUUGACGAGUCUGUGCUUUCGACAAAGGAGCUACUGGGCUUACAGCAGGCUGAGGAGCGUUUGAGGAGAGACUGCAUUGACAGACUAAAAAGGCGACCACGAAACUGCCCUACAGCAAAAUACACCUGCAAACUCUGUGAUGUUUUAAUUGAAUCCAUUGCAUUUGCUCAUAAGCAUAUCAAAGAGAAGAGGCACAAGAAAAACAUUAAGGAGAAGCAGGAGGAAGAGUUGCUCACUACGUUACCCCCGCCAACACCCUCCCAGAUAAAUGCAAUUGGCAUUGCCAUUGACAAAGUGGUACAGGAGUUUGGCUUACACAAUGAGAAUUUGGAACAGAGGCUAGAAAUCAAAUGUAUCAUGGAAAAUGUGUUCCAGCACAAGUUACCAGAUUGUUCUCUAAGAUUAUAUGGGUCUUCCUGUAGCAGAUUGGGUUUCAAAAAUUCGGAUGUAAACAUUGACAUUCAAUUUCCAGCCAUUAUGUCUCAGCCAGAUGUCCUCUUAAUUGUUCAAGAAUGUUUAAAGAACAGUGACUCCUUUAUUGAUGUUGACGCAGAUUUCCAUGCAAGGGUACCGGUGGUAGUAUGCAGAGAAAAGCAAAGUGGUCUUCUUUGUAAAGUGAGUGCAGGAAAUGAAAAUGCUUGUCUGACAACAAAGCACUUAACUGCACUCGGAAAACUAGAACCAAAGCUGGUUCCUUUGGUGAUUGCAUUUAGGUACUGGGCAAAGCUUUGCAGUAUAGAUCGCCCUGAGGAAGGAGGCCUGCCACCUUACGUGUUUGCCCUUAUGGCCAUUUAUUUUCUUCAACAGAGGAAAGAACCUCUUCUGCCAGUUUAUCUAGGCUCAUGGAUUGAAGGAUUCUCAUUAAACAAACUUACGAACUUCAACCUUAAAGACGUUGAGAAAGAUUUUGUGGUCUGGGAAUACACUGAUAAUGUUGGGGAUACAAACACAGCAAAAGAAGAGUCACCAAAAGAAAGGCCAAUUAAAAGGGGGCAGGUCUGUUCUCUUAUUUCUAAUUUUACUGUUGAUUUUUAUUUUAGUUAUCAAUUGUGGUGUUUAUGAGUUAGUCAGUUUUCC